AUGGCCGCCGCACGCAAGGAUGGCCGAAGCCAGCACCGCCGCCAACGCCACCACCAGCACGUACCAUCACCACCACCACCGCGCCACCGGCACCACCUACCACUGCAGGGCGGCCGCCCGCGGCCCAAGCCGCCCACAGCCCGCGCCGUCAUAGAGCCGAGCAAGCAAGCCCACGGCCACCCGCCCGCCUGGACGCGCAUCAUCCACCACCACCGCCACGCCUCGCCACCACGCCAGCAAGCCUGCCGACAUGGCCAGGCGUGCACCACCAGCCCCUCCGCCCUCGGCCCACGCCGCGGGAACAAGCAGCCCGCCCAGAUCUGGAUCCCGCCGCCGCCACAGCUUCCGCGCGCCGCGCCACCUGCAACGCCGUCCGAAGCCCAGCAGAUGCGCCGGCGACCACCAAGGAGCCCGCACACCGCCGCGCCGCGACGCCCGGCGCCCCCGUCGCGCCCAGGGCGGAGGGGCCGCACGGCGCCAACCCCAGCCGCCGAGGGAACGAACUGGCCCUGCCGCCGCCGGCUCCGGUCGGGCUUUGCCCGGCCGAGGCCUAGGGCGGCGGUGGAGGGGGCGGGGGAGAGAGGAGGGGGGGGGGGCGCCGGAUAUUUUUAG